AUGCACAACUCUCGUCAGAAAUGCGCUCUGCACAAUGCUUCCGCCCACAUCAACGUAUCCGCUACGCCGACAUCAGAUGCUGCUAACUCGUCUUCCACGAUUGGCUCUCUCGGUGUUGGGUCGUACAUAUUGCAGGCCCUUGCAGAAAGUACUGACACCGGGCUGACGACGUCUACGCCAUCGACACCUGAUCCCUCGACGGUAACAGCCACAGACGCUACCGACACUGCGACCCUCGCCAUGUCUGCUUCCGACGAACCAGUCUCCGUUGCGCCCCUUGGUGAUCCGGUCGUCAUGAGCACCGAUGUCUUCACAAAGACAGUCAAUCUCCACGGCCAUCCCGAAGCAGUCUCACAGGCUCAUCAAUGCUGGUCAGACCUGUUGACUUGGAGCAGUCAAAGCUACUCCUGGUACAGCUCAAAUGUGUACAAUCGAACGUUCUCUUUCACAACAACGACAAUGACACCUCUGAUAAGCACCUCUUGGACAUCGACUUUCUAUCCAAGCGACGUCAGCGUGUACACCCUCUGCGACGGUAGUCCGCGUGCGGACAUACGGCCAUGGACCACUUCGAGCACAUACAACGUAACUGGGACUCCCUAUUCAUACUCAUCCCUGUCAACGCCUACGUAUACUGUGGCCCAGCCUUGUAUACCGUCGGAGCAAGACUGCCACAUUUGGUAUGCCGAUUCCAGCAUACCGGACGUCAACGAGCGGGCUCUCGAGAACCAGUGUGGCAAUCCAGCUCAUGGCCCUGACGGGGACUGUGUUUUUGGCGUUGAAGGCGGGGUACAACUCAUCUAUUUCCCGGUCAGCACUGUUGGAGGAGAUCUCUGCACAGGGAACGGAACAACCAUCUAUCCCCCGCCAAGAAUGCUCAACCAUCUGGAGCGAUGUCAACCCGCUGCUGGCUAUUCCGACCGCCGACAAGGACCUUUCCCCUGUGUGGUCGACUUGCAAGUUCGACGUACCUCUACUCGCCAAUUACUGGUUCGACCCUCCCAUAGCUUUGCAAGAACAUUCAGUAGCGGAUUCUAUUACUCGGCCUGGGCUACCUUUCCUACAACAGUAGCAGCUGCACCUCAAUCGUCACCCACCGGCACUCCAGCGUCAGCUACGGCACUGGCUGACCAGGUCCCAAGCAACACUCCGAGGCAAUCGAGCCGAAGUGCUAGCACAGACACCUCAACGGAAGAGCCGCCAGCAGCAGAAAGCACCACCACCAUGGCAGCUCUCACGCCCGACGUGGUCGCACUCUCGGAAAACAGCUUGUUGUCAGCGGUCACGUCCGACGCAAACGCACUCUCGAAAAACAACAUAUUGUCAGCGGUAGAAGUAGACAACGGUGUCAUAACGCUGGGUUCCACGACCCUCACAGUGAGCGGGAUCCCCAAGAUACCGCAAGGCACCACGAAUGCCCGAAAUACCGGCGCCGCUCUAUCUUCAGUCGGUCCUCCAGCCGCCGUCUCCGCCCAGAAAGACCUUCCUCAGGUCUUGGUGAUCGAUGGCAAUACGCUCUCCGCCGGAGGCGCAGCGGCCACUAUAGCCGGCCAAAUUCCGACAAAAGCGUCGGACGGACUUUUCCUUGUAGGUCAGGCGACAGGCUCAUUCCCGGGUGUGGUUGAAACACUUCCAACCGUUGUCGUACCUGGCGGUAGCUCGGGCACUGGAGAUGUUGUUGGGACAGAGGUCGGAAAGACUUCUUCGCCCGCCUCGAAUGACGAGUCCGCUGCGCUUCGUUUGUUACCAGUGGACUUUGACAUGGCUGCGGGCAGCAUGGACGUGGUUCGCCAGCGUUGA